AUGGCACUGAAGGCGUUCGAGGCGGUGCCAGUCGAGUGGAGGAAACUGAUUUUGGAGAAGCUGGCGUGCGAAGAAGUUGUUGCAGAUCGCCUGCAAGUCACAAGUCAGCGGCACGGAAGGGGACAAGGUGCCCCUAGCGGCCCCGUCGUAGCCCUUCGAGGCCCCUCUCGGCCCCUUUGCGGCCUCCUCGCCGCCCCUAACGGCCUCGUAGCCGCCCUUAUCGGCCCCGUCGCCGCUCCUAGCGGCCCCGUCGCCGCCCCUAUCGGCCACGUUGCCGCCCCUAGCGGCCCCGUCGCCGCCCUUCACGCCCCCCCCCCUUCAGCUGCCAAGCGGCCGAACCACCGAGCCGCCGAGCCGCCUAGCCGCAGAGCCGCCCAGCAGCCGAGCCGCCCAGCAGCCGAGCCGCCCAGCAGCCGCGCCGCCCAGCAGCCGAGCCGCCCAGCAGCCGAGCCGCCCAGCAGCCGAGCCGACCAGCAGCCGAGCCGCCCAACAGCCGAGCCGCCCAGCAGCCGAGCCGCCCAGCAGCCGAGCCGCCCAGCUGCCGAGCCGCCGAGCCGCCGUCGAGCCGCUACUGUUCCUACCGGCGCGCACCGGCCCUUCCCGCCCGGACUAGUGAGAGCACUCCCUCUCUUCCUACAGUGCGAUAGGGCAGACGGACUCUCCCUAUUUGAUCUCACCUCUGGUGCCUCUCCUGCCCCACUUGCUACUGCUGACAGCACUGUUCGCUCACAGUGGGCCACGCGCGAUGCUGCUGCCCGUCUUGCUGUGCGUCGCCACUUACCGACCGCUGAGCGUGCGCACUUUAGUCAGUACAAGAGUGCUAAGACCUUGUACGACGCUGUAGUUGCACGCUACUCUUCCCCUGCCACUGCUGCUCUUAGCCGCCUCAUGCUGCCGUUCCUGUUCCCUGACCUUGCUGCCUUUCCCACAGUCGCUGACCUCAUUACGCACCUUCGCACUAGUGACACUCGCUACCGCGCUGCGCUUCCUGCUGAGUUCUGUGCCAAGAACCCUCCCCCCAUGUACAUCACCCUCUACUACAUAGUCACCCAACUCCCUGACUCCCUUCGCUUAGUCAGGGACCACUUCCUCUCAGUUUGCCCCACCACACUCACCGUUGACCUCCUCCAGGAGCGCCUCCUAGCAGCAGAGAAGAGCAUAAUCGCUGUAGGAGCCUCUCGUGGUGACCCUCGUACCCCCGUCUUUGAGGGGUGUCCCCCCCCCCCCCUCUUGCCCUCUGUUGCUUCUGCUGCUGCGGUCGACCUCGUUGGUUUCGAGUCGGUCGGCGCUGCGUCUGCCCCUAGCGAGAGACGCCGCACAGGCAAGGGCAAGGGGGGCAAGGGCGCAGGAGGGGCUAGCGGGGGCGGUGGAGGUGGCGGUGGAGGCAGUGGAGGGGGUGGGGGUGGUGGUGGGAGUGGUGGUGGGGGUGGAGCGCCAGCAGCAGCAGCGCACUCGUGA